AUGCGCUGUAUACCGUUCUUUUCUUUUCUUUUCGCAGUGCCGGUCACUGUCUUCGCGUGCGAAGGAGAAUGCAUCGUCGGUAUCACGAACGCAUUUCUCACUAACUACUCCGACCCCAUUCAUGCUGUGAUGAACAACGUAGCAACCCAAAUCUCGGCAAUCCUACCCAGCAACCCAAGCCCGUCCACCUCGCUCGGAUACCUCUCCCCUAUCUUCUCCGCGUACAAGAAGCAGGCUUACAACGGGAUGGAAACUGCGAUAUUCCCCGACUACUUCCACGGCAAAUGCCAGCAGAACGGCGUCGACCCCGCCGGGUGCCCCAAUCCCGACUGCCCCGUCGUCUGCGGCACGCCCGGCUCAAUGGUCCACUUCUACCCCGUCCUCCGCUUCCUCGCGUUCAACUACACCCGCACCGCACUCCAGGAACUCUCCAUGCCAGGGAGUCCUACGAACCAGCAAGUUGAAGCUUCCGUGAUGAACGCCGCGCGAGAGCACACUCGCCGAAUCAGCAGAGUGUUCCCCCGCAGCCUCAUGAAGUCUAUGGCGAAGUCGGCUGUCGCAUCACCUACUGCUACUCUCCCAAAUUCAGGAGAAGGCGACGAGACGAUCGUUCCGCUGUUCCUCAAGAAGCGCACGCAGGACAUUAGCUCGGCACUCCAGAAAAUACUCGCCAAGAUCCCGGGGUUGCUGGUAGAUGCGUGCGGCGGGUCGGCAGAUACGGACCCGAGCGGCCUGCCUGACUGCAGCUGGGAGGAACGGAUGAAAGAGUAUAUUCUGACAUUCCCUUAG